UUAAUAUUUGUCUGCGCUGGGUUCUGAUUUGCAACUUGCAUUUUUGCUAGAAGAAAAAGAAACAAAGAAAAUAAUUUAUUUUGAGAAAUAUUUCCUACAAAAUGCAUUCAAUUUACGCAGGAUUACACUUACCCAAUAAACCAGAAGAAUUUUUAACAAUAAGCGAAAUAGAUUUUGACAAAAGUGUAUUGGACCUAAAGCAAAAAAUUGGAGAAAAAUGUCAAUUUGAAGUCGAUAAAUUGGAAGUCAUCUACAAUGGUAUUGCACUACAAGAUGAGAAAAAAAUAGGUGAUACUCUUAAGCCGGAAGCUGUUAUACAUUGCUUCCAGAAAACAAAGAAAUACACGCCAUACGAACCAUCAGAAAAAGUAAAAGAUCCAGAAGCGGUGAACAAUGCUCAAGUUUUAUUCUAUAAUAUUGGUAAUAUACAGAUUAAUGUUAGUUGUCGUGUGAAUAUAUUGCAGAAAAUAUUAGCUGAAUAUCCAGAAUUUCGUAGAAAUCCUGCUGCUCUAGCUCUCAUAAGAGACUCUGUUCUAUUCAAUACACUUCACCAACCUGAAGUAAUUAAAAAAGUUGCUGAACAUUAUCCAAUUAUUUUGGAGGCGUCAUCAUUUAUAGUAAGCACUGUACGCAAGGAAUUAGCUAGAAACAUAUCAGCAUCUAAAUUUUCUGAACCAGCUACCGAUUCCACCAACUCCUCAGAAGAAGAAAACUCGGUGGGCAGUAAUGAUCGUAGCAGCAGUCGUGAUGAAGAUUCUGGUCGUAGUCAGUCAGAAACCGCUCGUAUACGCAUGAUAAGCCGUCAGCAAUUGCAAGCUGCAUUAGCACAGAUAGGCUAUGGUUCAGCAAAUUCAUUGUCCAAUAUAGCGCAGAGAAAUUCUGAGACAACAACAGCUGCUUCAGCAACUUCUGAAGCCAGCUCUACACCCCUAUCAAACUCUGCCAGCGGUGAAAGGAUAUCAACGGAUUUAUUUCGUAAUGAAUUAUUGAGAGCUCUAGGUUCUUUGGGCCAACGUGUCAGCACAUCAUCGAGUCAAUCUCAAGAACCUGUAGCUAUGGACACAUCCGAACAGGAGCAGCAAUCAGCAAAUACUUCCUAUACUGAUGAUGGUGAUAUACCAGUAGUUUAUCGAUCCCAUCCCUAUGCUGAGCAAUUAAGAACUAUGUUGCAAAUGGGUUUUUUAAAUCACGAAGAAAAUCUUAAUUAUCUAAAUUUAGCAAGCGGUAAUAUUGAACAGGCUGUUAAUCUCUUAAUGGCAGCUAUGAUGUAACCGUCUUAUCGCACUUGAACUGUCCAUAUUUAAAUACAGAAAAACUUUUAUACAAAUUUUUCGAAAGAAUAAAAUCAAUAGAUUUAAUAUGUAAAA